AUGUGCAUAGAACUGGAUCAUGGCUCCCGUCAGAUCAUCGUGUGCACAAGGCGUGGCUCUGUAACAUCGUUGGGCGCGUGGGAAGCAACCCAAAGGAACUUCAUCCCGAAAGACCCGGUUGGCUACAAGCAAGUCCGUGACUAUCACCAUGUGCUGGAACUGUUCAAUCACAUCCUCAGAACGGCGCCUGAGUGGAGCGAUCAGAAGUACUCUGUUGGAAUGGUGGGGACUCCGUUCAAUGCCAUAUUGGACUGGCCGAUGGGCACACCAUCUGGUUUCGCAUUCUUCCUAGAUCCCGAUGUCAACAAGAUGGUCAAGAAAGUCCUGAACGCAUGGGCCGAGUUCCUUGUCUCACCAGAUUCCGCAUACGUACUAGGCGACGACAAAAUUGGCUGGCUCAGCGAUCACGGCAUCCACGAUCUUCCCAUCACGGCUAAUGUGGGCCAAAAAUCCUAUUUAUUUGAAGAGUUAUUCGAAUGCGAUCCCUCCAAAGAGCACCACGGUUACAAAUCCUGGGACCACUUCUUCACCCGCUGCUUCAAAGAAGACAAAAGACUAAUUGCCAACCCAGAGGACGACAACGUCAUCGCCAACGCUUGUGAAUCGAAACCUUACAAGGUAGCCCGCAACGUCGCGCAGCGCGAUCACUUCUGGAUCAAAGGCCAGGCCUACUCGCUCAUGGACAUGCUUGCCAUGGAUCUACUACACGAGCACCUCAUCGGUGGCACCGUAUACCAAGCCUUCCUCUCCGCACUCACUUAUCUCAAAGAAGGCACGUACUUCUCCGAGCCACUCUUUGAAGGCCUGGGUGAUCCUUCCACAAAGUCCGAUAUUGAUAAAGGUAAAGAGGUAACAAGCCAAGGAUAUCUCACUGCAAAAGCUACACGUGCCAUCGUUUUCAUUGAAGCCGACAAUAAGGAUUUGGGUCUCGUGUGUUUCCCUGGGCAUAAGCAUGACUAA